UCGGCAGCGGCGGGCCCGGCCGGGAUGGCUGCGGCGGGCAUCACCACCCUCCCCGCCAUGCCCGACGACGGCGGCGGAGGCAGUGGCGGCACCUUCGCGCCCGGACACUUUAAGGAUCCCAAGCGGCUCUACUGCAAAAACGGCGGCUUCUUCCUGAGGAUCAACCCCGACGGCAGAGUGGAUGGAGUCCGGGAGAAGAGCGACCCGUACAGUAAGUACCGACCGGCCCGCCGUCUCUGCCCUCAAACCGACGGGACGGGGCCCCGCUGGCCUCAUCCUCAGACCCAAACCAGAGUGAGGCGCCUCCAUGUUUUAAAACUCCCCGAGGGUCAGUUAAUUUAAAGAACCUUGGCUCUGGUUUCAUGCAGGUGAUAUUUCCUAAGGUUAUCUUUGGGUUUUAUGAAGUUUCGAAAAACAAACAAAAACCCCACAAUAACUGUGACAAAUAUUUUUAAAAUGCAGUAAAGCAGGGAUGGGGGACCUGUGGCAGGCUGGAUUUUGGACUCCUAGUUUCCCUCAGCCCCAGCCAGCAUGGCCAGUGGUCAGUGGUGUUGGAAGUCAAGUCCCAACAACACCUGGAGGGUCACAGGUUCCUCACCUUUGGUUUAAAACGAAGGCCAUCUCUGGGCAAAAGGCAGAUGAGCAGUUAUAACAAAUCUCUAGGUGAAGUCCCAUUAAAUUCAAUGCAUCUGGCUCCCAGCUGUGUUUAGGAAUGCAGGGAGAACGGCCUGUGGGAACUGUAGCUGGUGGGUAGUGUUUUUCCCAAAAAAAUUUAAGCCAGUUGUCAGAAUAAGAUCUAUCACUGCUUGCAGCUUUCUACACACACACAACCAACAUGCUAUGGUUCCCACAGCCAAAUACAUGAUCCCCAUCCAUAGGAGCUUCCCUGCUCUUACCUAGCACUAACAUUGCUUAACAUAAUCCAUCGCCCACUUUCCCCUGGUUUCCCUCUAAUUGCUGGAAAUAAUUGCUAUGUCCACUGAUUUCAGAAACUUACGUCCAGCAGAGAUGGACUUCCCUGUUGUCUUCACCUUCAGCUGUCGACACCACCUGAGAUCCUUCCUACAUAACCAGUCCUAGUUUUGAACCAAUUUUGUUCUCCAUGUUGUGUCAUUUCACCUCAUCUUUUCACUUGCCCCUGCUUCUAUAUUUUUAUUUUGGCAUUGUGUUAUGCACACUCCUGUAGCAUCUGUGUAUCUUUCCCCUUUGCCUUUCAUGCCAUGCACAAAGUCACACUGACUGCAGCUCGGCCCCUUACCUGUCUUCUGAGUGUCUGCAACCCAUAAUGGGCACCAGUCCUAGGAUUCCCAACAAUCCCAGACAUGCUCCUCAAAGCACAGAAUCUCUUUCAUCCCAAGGCUUGUAUAACUUGCCGCUCCCGCCCUGGCUCCUGAUACUUUAUUCCAUUCCAUAAGCAUUAUUGCAAAGAGACUUGUUGGUCAUGGGCACAAUUGUUGCUUUGAGAAUGAGAGGGUUUUGUGUUAAGCUUAUUCAGAAAUAAAGGAAACUGGUAAAAAGAGGUGACAAACUCAUGAAACGGGGGGAAAGAAGGUUGUACCUAAAAAGAACAGAAAAGAAGAAAGCUAGUUUUUGGAUUCUAAUGUUUUUGGAAUAUUAAAAUGCUUCCUCCUUUGAUUCGUUGGGUGAAUUGUAAAAUAUUUUUUGUUAUAACAUUGUUCCAUGCAGAUAUAAUGUUUUAUUUAUUAGGUGCACUUGAAUUUCAGGGUUAUGAAUGCCAAUUAUGAAUUGGCAUUCAUAGUGACAAUAAGAUUAGUUGAGCAACAUCAUAUGUCCUGUAGUGCACUGACAGCAAAAUCUGCUUUUAACACAGAAUCCUGUAAUUUUAGAACUCCCAGUUGUAUUGGAAUACAGUGAUUUUUAAUGUUCUGGGGAUUCCGUCUGCCUCAGUGUUCUCAUAUUUGCAAAUGACUUAAUGGUACAUUUAACACAGAGUUAUUUCGGGAUCAAUCUAGGUAACACAAGAAGACUUGUGGCAUGUAAAAUGCGGCAUCAAUUCUCUUGCUAGUAUGCUUACAUUUUAUUAGGAAUUAGUGUAACUCCUUUUAAUGGAUUCUUUAGACUUUCUGAAUGUGUCAGGUAAUGUUGGUAAACUUGCUCCUGUAUUCUUUGCAUCCAUCUGUCUCAAAAGACAAUGGCAUGCACCUCUGUGGGUGACAAGGCCCCCCCCCAUGUUUGUCUCACUGAUGUGGUCCAAAAGAAAGCAGAGCAAUACGUUUGGCACCAGCUUGGCUGCAGGAGCUGCCAGAAGGAGGCGUACAGGGCGCCAUCCAACCAUCUUAGGGACUCCACUCCUGAUUUGUGUAGGGUUUACUCCAUAGCCUCUUCUUCUCCCAAAGACAUCCCGCAAGGCAGUGGAGGUUUAGAUCAGAAUCACUUCUCUCUACAGCUUGUACAGAAGCCACCUUCUUGACCAUUGGACCUGCUGUUGGGCUUGUCUGCUUGUUCCACCGGAGCCUGUCUAUGUAUGUAGGGGAAGUCCCUAACUCAGCAAGGGUUUGAGUCCCACUGGCUUCCCUCAUCUAGUUUAGCCAGCUACUCAAAGCCGUUUCCCAGAGUGUGGCUGCCAUUGCAUGUUGACAGCUUCUAGGAGCCACAGAUGAUCUGAGUAGAGUGUGGGGACCAGAGGUGGACAAACAAUUACAGAAGGAGCAUGACGUGUCCCCCACUAGAGGUACUAUUCCUUUCCUAACACCGCAUACACUCUGGUGCAGCUCACAAACAAUGGCUGUCCCAUCCUGCACCUCUCCCUUCUUGCUGCCACCGGAUUAUUUGUCAUCUUGAAUAAGGGGUUCAGGAUUCUUUGUUGCCUUAAGGGGGUCUAUUUGAGUGUAGGGAGACAGUCAGCUGUAUUCCAAGUCUCUCAGUCGGUAGAGCAUGAGGCAAUUAUUCUCAGGGUUGUGAGUUCAAGCUCUUUUUGCUGUUGUGCAAAUAAGAUUCCUGCACUGCACAGAGUUAGACUAGAUGACCCUCAUGGUCCCUUCCACCUUUAUGAUGCUAUUCUAACUUCAGCCUGUCACCUGUCCUGACCUCCCAAGCACUUUAAAUCAGAAGCAGAGUAAUGGUGGUGGUGGGGGAAAUAAACAGCCUUUGAGUGUGUCCAGAAACCAGUAUAGCCCAGAAAUUUGAUUGAAGUUUAUUUAGGACCAUGGAAGAAACAGUGGGUAGACACAAUCAUAAGGAAAGUCUAAAUCUAAGGCAGAGUAUUGAUCUAUUUAAUUUUAUAUUAAGUAGAUUAGUACAGCACCGUGUACUCUAAAAUUCAUAGCCUCUGGAGGUGGUUCCAGGAUUAGGAACAAAGGAAUGUUGGCAAGGGCUCUUGACUCAGCUGGGUUCUGAUUGACAGGUGCCUCUGAGCAGCAAAUCACAGGAGUUGCUUGUGGCCAGGAUUGGGGGCAUAACUCGGGGGGGGGGGCUAGAGGAGGAAGCGGUCAGUGGGGAAGAGAUGGGGAUACUGUCAGAGUAUUAGGCAGCAGUCUUUCCUUCGCUUGUGCAUUGAGACUUGGUGGUAAGUAUGUCAUCUGUCAGCUCCUAGAGAAUGGAAGCUGAGUGAACAGUUAUUAACAUCACUGUGGCCACAAACAGCUAAUGUGGAUUUGGAGCUGUUGGUAGUCAGGUGGGUGAAUACUGUAUUUAUUGUAUUGCAUGUUCAAAUACUGCUGGGUGUUGCUCUUCUACUACUAAUAUCAGUUUCAAAUAAGUAUAGUUGUAGGGUGCUUCUGUGACAAAAGGUUAAGGUUGUAAAGAUCUAUGUAUCUUUGUGAGUCAUAUAUGAAUUUGCUAGCUUCAGGCUGGGAUUCCGAGGAGAUCUGGGUGUUAAGUCCUUCAGACAUUACACUUGCUGCAGUUUAAUUCCCUUGAACAGAAAAUGUGGAUCUGGAAAGUUCUUUUUCUGCUAUCAGAAACAAGUCUGGGCAAAGAUUCAGCUGAUUUAAGCUGAAUCUAUAUUCAAAUCAUACAUAGAAACAUUAAAAGUAUUAAAAUACAGAGCAGUGCUAAAACAUUCAUGCUGAUUACAUGGCCUCAUAUGUGUUAACUUCAUUUCCUCACUACGUUUCCCCCUACACUGUUUACAUAAAAUGGAUUACAGAACAAAGCAUAAUACUCUACUUACACUGCUCAUGUUUAUGAUAAAGGAUAAUAUUUGUAUUUUUGAGCGUGUGGAAUAUAUCAUUUGUUCAUAAUCUUUUCACCCCGUUGCAGGGCCUGUAAAUAUUUAUUUGUAAUCUUAGAUGCAUUUAAGCUGUAUAUCGGAAACAAGUGAUCUCUGGGAGAUAAGAACUCAUUAGUGGAUUAGUUCUUAGAAGAGAUGUGCUUACAGUAACUUGCAUCACUACAAGUUGGUAUGUGCUGAAGAUUAAAAGCACAGCUUGACCUAAUCGUUCAUUCCUUUGUGAGCAAGAGUUUUUCUCAGCAUGUUGAUAUAUUACUUGGUCCUCAAAGCUGUUCUUUUUUCCCAAAAAAUGGAAGCACAGGGUUCUGUGGUACUUGCACAUACGAUACAAGAAACACACACAAAAAUUUUCUAAAAAUUUUCCAUUUCCCUCCCCUGCCCUCCCUUCCACAUUUACCCUUUUCAAGUUUUUUUCAGCUUUGUAUGUGGCUAUCGCCUAACAUGUUCUGAAAGAUUGAGGGAUCUCUUGUAAGGAGCAUCACUGAAACUUGGUAAAAUGUAUGCAGAGUGGCAUGAGGCUUAAUAAUAUAUUUUUCCAUCACAAGUCGGCUUGAGAUCUACACUAACAGUAUUCUGUGUUAAAUAUAUUUUUAUCUGUUUCCUAUCAGAUUCCUUUGUGUUGGGCUAUCAGUAUAGGUUGCCCUGAGGCAAUACUUGCAUUGGACAAACUUUAUAUCGUCUGUGUAUGCUAAAGAACUGAGAAUUCUGGGUGGUUAUCUGAAAACAUGACUCAGCUAGAUUUCACCCCCAGCAAGGGAUAGGAGGAAAGGUGUCCAUGUGUGAAAAGAACAAUAAAGUACAGCCUGAGGGAAACUAGUGUUCAUUUCCAGUGACCAGUUUAUUGAGCAUUCAUUUUGAUUUGUUUGCACAAAAUUUAUAGGGAGGUUAGACAGCAAUGGCUGUUUGUCAGGCAUUCAUUCUGAUUUGUUUGCAGGAAGGUUAAACAAUGUUGCAUGUUAAACAAAUGUUACCCCCAUACUUUCCAGUGGUUUCACCUUUACUUUAAAAAAAUUGCAAAAAAUCCAAUUUUGGAAGGAAGCAAGUUUAUUGCCCAAGAACUCAAAAUCAGUUUUAAUUGCACAAGCUGACUUUGCUGGUAGGUGACUGCACCCCCCCUAAAAAUAAUGACAACUUAGAAGUGUUCUAAAGCAGGUGAGGGUAGCUGAUUGGGUCUCAAACCCUCAGUGAGUUCGGGACUUCCCCUGCAUGUGAAGACAGCUGAUUGAGUGGAUGAGACCAAUAGUGGGGCCAGUGGUCAAGAAGGCGGUUUCUGCAUGUGCAUCAUGAGUGGGUGGGUGGAAAUGGGACUCCUCAACCUGGGAAGGUAGCCCAUCUAGGAGAAGGAAAACUCUGAUCCUAAACCUCCGCUGCCUUGCGGGAUAUCUUUGUGAGAAGAAAAGGCUAAGGAGCAAACCAUACACAAAUCCGGAGUGGAGUCCCUAACUCAGUUUGAUGGUGCCUUGUGCGUCUCUUUCUGGCAGCCCCUGCAGCCAAGCUGGUGUCGAACAUAUUGCUCUGCUUUCCUUUGGACCACAUCAGCAAGUCCCAGAAUGAGGUCUUGUCAUCUGGGCAACCCGGUACCUCCAUAUACACAGCCCAGGCUCGUGCCCCAGGGAAGUUGCUUUGGUGCUGCUGACACAGCGGUUUGACUUCACCCCCGGAGGUGCACUCCAUUGUCUCUCAAGACAGACAGAUACCAGCAGCGUGUAUGUCCCUUAAAUGAAAUGGUUUGGAUUAAUAUCCAAUUAAAAUAUAUUUGAGAGUGCUUUUUUAAAUAACCCAAACAAAACUAAUAAUGCGGAACAGUCAAUGAACCUUGAUUUGAGGCUGACAGUAAACAUUGUGGUUUUUCAUAUAUGACAGAUUACUUGCACUCAGCAACAAUAGUUCAUAUUUGAAAUUCAACUGUCCUGCAUGGGCCUUUUUUCUGGACUUGAACUUGUGUGCCCCAUUUAUUUAUUUAUGCCAUUUAUUUACCACUUUUCAUUUAAAAUUGCAACAUGGUUCAGAAAUAAAAAUUACAAUGCAAAAAAUUAAUAGAAGAAAAUACAUUAACAUCAUAGAUGCUUCACGUGCACAAACAUGGCUUGAUUCCUGUGUCCAGCAACUGGAUCCAUUUAUAUGAUGCUUGUUUAUGGAUUAGGGUCCCAUGCAGUGUUGAACAUAUGGUUGGUGCUGUCCGGUUUGACAGUGCUGAUUACCUGCUCAGGAAAGGAUGUCUUUUUUCUUAAGGAAAAGUUAGGUAACCUUUAAUUCUGCUUCAUACAUUUCUCUCAGAGGCUUUUUUUCUGGCGAAAAGCCUGCUACUCUAACCAGGUUGGUUCGUUGACUUCAUUAUCAAGCUAUUUGCUUGUGCCUAAACUGGGGUCAUGAUUUCUUUUGGUCCCACUUUCUUCCUGUUCUAUCCCUUCCUUACAAUCCUUUUUUUCUUCUAAGGGCCCAUGGCUAAAGGUUAAUGAUCAUUCACAUUUUCUACGCUGUAAUAGUACUCUUCCUCAGUAUUCUGUACUCUGCUUUCUCAAGUGAAUGGUGCAUGGCUAUCUAGGUCAGGGCUAGCCAAUGUGGUGUCCUCCAGAUGUUGUUGGACUACAGCUCCCAUCAUCCCUAGCCGCUGCCUGUGUCAUCUGGGGAUGAUGGGAGCUGUAGUCUAACAAUAUCUCAAGGGAACCACGCUGGCCACUUGUAGGCUUCCAUAAUGUCUCUUCCACCUUUGGCUUUCUAACGCUUAACAUUUGCAGCCAGAAACCUUACCAGGUGAUGAAUAAAAACCCCUCCUUUUCUCUCUCAUCCUGCACCCUCAGUUUCCUAUUCUUUCUCUCAUUAAAAACCAUCCUGUUUUCUCACCAUUUUUAGAGCUGAAGCAUGUUCUGUUGGAAUAAUUUCCUUUCCUUUUGCUAAUUUUCACUCCGUCUUCUGUCCUCUCUCAUUUUAAAUUGACUUUUUCAUGGUCCACCUUGCCUUCUUUCAUUUAUUCCCACCCUGUUUUUGUAAAAAGAAGAAGCUAGAAGUUACUUUUUCUCUCCAGCUACCAUCUCCUUUCUACCUCAUUUUUUCUCUCCAGUUCUUAUAUUAACCCUUUUUACAAUUCUUGUCAUUUUUCCCCCAGUCCUUGUAAGAUUCCCAGGAAAAUGUCAUCCUUAGUUGCUUGCUUGAUGUUACACAGCAGAUGCCUCUUUCUCUCUCUUUUUAAAGGAAGGCAAUUGUGGGAGGCUGCCAGUUUGACUGGAAGAAUGAAUAGUGAGGCAGAAGACUGCUUAACCUGUUCUCCUCUGAUCAUUUUUUCCACUAAGGCUCCCUGCUCUCCUGCUGUCCCUUGGAAGCAAAAAGGUGAUUGUGUACCAAACAAAAGUGCAGUUAUUCAUGGGAUCCUAGAUUUGGUUCCUGGUUGAAGUUUAGUGCUGCUGCUGCUGCUGCUGCUGCAAGGACAAAAAAAAUGAACAAAUCAAGGCAUCCUGCUCUUCCUCUGCUAAGGGAAUCUUAAACAUUGUUAUGCCUUCUAUAAAGCCUACCUUGUUUUAGUGGACUUUGAUGUGAAUAACCAAACGAAAUCAGAACUCACUUUUGGUUAGUAAGCAUGCAAUCACAGAAUGAAAACAACAACACUUUUUUAAAGGAAUAACAGUUCUAUUUGGCUCAGUGCAAUCUCAUGACUGCUUGAUGACAAAAAUAAUAGAUCACCUUGUUUAUCUCACUCAUGGAUUUGUGGGUGUCAUCUUCAGCUAUGUUUUCAUUACGUUGCUGCGCUGCAUUCAUUAAUAAUAAUACUGCUGUAUCGUAUGUAAAGUAUGGCACCAGUUCCGAGUUUCUCAACUUGCUAUUUAUUACAUAUAUACAGUAUUUAGAUAAUGUGUGCCCCACAUUUUUUGCUUAGAAAGAGAAAGUGGCUUGCAUCCUUACAAUGAAGUGCAGUGGUCAAGUCAUCUCUGUCUCUGAUCGUAGAGAAGGAUAACCUCCAGAUUAUGUUGUUUCUGGGACAUCUUCUUAGGGACCAUUGAAGUACUUCCUAAGUUCCAUUACACCAGAUUCAGUGUCUUAGUAAAUCAUUUUAAAAGCGUCCUCCUUUUUUGCUUUUAGGCAACCUAAGCUUUCAUCAAUCAAAGAUACCUACAUCAGUUUUAUUCAACCAGCAUUCUAUUUUCUGUAUCAGUUUUGUGUAAAUGUUCUAGUCAUACUAGAUAGAUUCUUCCAAGUUGGUAGGCCCACCACCUGCCUCCUUGAUCCGUACCCGUCUUGGCUGAUUAGGGAGUGUCCAGAUGUUGCGCGGACCCCCCUGGUUGAAAUUAUCAAUUUGUCCCUUGACACGGGGACAUUCCCAGGGGAACUGAAGGAAGCAGUGGUGUGUCCACUCUUAAAGAAAACUUCGUUAGAUCCCUUAGACCUAUCCAAUUACCGCCCAGUUUCAAAUCUUCCAUAUCUGGGUAAGGUAAUUGAGAGAGCAGUUGCUGAACAGUUUGGUAGGUUUCUGGAGGAAACAUCGGCUUUAGAGCCAUUUCAGUCCUGUUUCCGUCCUGGUUUUGGGACCGAGACAGCUCUGGUUGCCCUCACAGAUGAUCUCCGUAGACAACUGGAUCGAGGCGGGUCAGGACUGGUGAUCCUUUUAGAUUUGUCAGCAGCCUUUGACAUGGUCGAUCAUGAUCUUCUGGACCACCGCCUCGCAGACAUGGGGAUAUAGGGCAUAGCCCGUAACUGGCUGUGCUCUUUUAUCUCUGGUCGGGGACAGAGGGUGGCACUAGGGAGGGAAAUGUCGUCGCGCCACUCCUUGGUGUGUGGAGUGCUGCAGGGCGCAAUUCUCUCCCCGAUGCUUUUUAACAUCUUUAUGCGCCCCCUUGCCCAGAUUAUCCGGAACUUUGGGCUGGGCUGUCACCAAUAUGCUGAUGACACUCAGCUCUAUCGGCUGAUGGAUGGCCACACCGACUCAGCCCCGAACACACUGACCAGAUGCUUGGAAGCUGUGGCUGGAUGGUUUCGUGGGAGCCGAUUGAAACUAAAUCCUUCGAAGUCAGAGGUCCUCUGGCUGGGUCGGGAUGGCAUGGGGAUGAGGGACCAACUCCCUUCUCUUGCGGGGGCCCAAUUAGUGCCAUUGCCUUCCGUUAAGAGUUUGGGUGUAAUCCUUGAUGCCUCCCUUUACAUGGAGGCGCAAGUUACAGCAACAGCCAAGGCGACAUUUUUCCACCUUCGCCGCAUCAAGCAGUUGGUCCCUUACCUUUCCCGCCCCGACCUGGCCACAGUGAUCCAUGUGACGGUCAUCUCCAGGCUUGACUACUGUAAUUCGCUCUACGCGGGGCUGCCCUUGAAGCUGUCCCAGAAACUCCAGCGGGUGCAGAAUGCUGCAGCGAGGCUCCUCACGGGGUCUCUGCCAUGGGAGCAUAUUCAUCCAGUGCUUUUCAAGCUGCACUGGCUCCCGGUGGAGUACAGGGUCAGAUUUAAGGUGCUGCUUUUGACCUUUAAAGCCCUUCACGGCCCAGGACCCUCGUACCUACGGGACCGCCUCUCCCGAUAUGCCCCACGGAGAGCCUCAAGGUCCAUAAAUACCAACACCCUAUUGGUCCCGGGCCCUAAGGAAGUUAGAUUGGCUUCAGCCAGAGCCAGGGCCUUUUCAACUCUGGCUCCAGCCUGGUGGAACGCUCUGCCUCAUGAGACCAGGGCCCUGCAGGAUCUGAUUUCUUUCCCGCAGGGCCUGUAAGACAGAGUUGUUCCGCCUGGCCUUUGGCUUGGAGCCAAUUUGAUUCCCUCCCUCUCUUUCUUUUUUCUUUUCCUUCUCCUCCUGCAAGGAGGCUACAUUUUAAUAUUUUAAUGUUUCAAUAUUUUAAUGUUGUAUUUUAAUUUUGUUUUUAAGUUGUAAUCAUUCAACUUGUUUUUAUUAUUGCUUGUAAGCUGCUCUGAGCCCAGCAUUGGCUGGGGAGGGCGGGGUAUAAAUAAAAAAAUAUUAUUAUUAUUGUUGUUGUUGUUGUUGUUGUUGUUGUUGUUGUUGUUAUUAUACCUAACUUGCUUUACUGUUUUUCCAGAGCCUUAGGCCUAACUAAACAAUAUUGGGCUGUAUCCAGCGUUUGCUGUCUGCUAAUGCAAGGUCUCUUCUGUUAACAGAUGAAUGAGUUUUAGUGUUGUACAACAGAGGAGUAGUUGCAUUAGCAGAAACUCAUGCAACACCUUGCACAGUCUGUUGCACAACAAAGUUAGCAGCAACCUGCUUCUGCGCUCUCUUUUGCAAUAACAUUCCACUGGUUCAAAGCUAGUGGAGCGAGUAUGCCAAUGAGUGACUUUAAUUUAGCAGUAUGCUGGAUACAACCAGAUGUAAGCAAAGCCCACAAAUUAAAAUUGGGGCACUACUGAAUCCUUAUGAAGACGAGUGGGGCAGUGGGAGUGAUUUAGAGCACAUUAGGCUUCUGGGGGAAAGGGGUACUAAGUCUUCCCCCGCCCCCACCCCCAAAUCACCCCUCUCUGUCUUCUCUCAUUGGACUGACUGCUGGGCUUAUCUGCUGGGGUUAUCUUCACUGGAAAUUGAUCCUUGAUCAUAAAAAUUGUGCAGUGAGAAAGGGUUAUAAGCCCCUCUCCAUUGCUUCUAUGAACAAAUUUGCACUCUCUUGCAUCUGCAGUACAGAGUUUUUUUUAGCGAACGUUAAGAGAUUUGUGAUUUAUCUCAUGGGGAACGUAGAUUGGUUUUUUAGUCUCUCAGAUUAUAUAACAGAAUCAUAGUCUUAACAUUUCCCUUGAAACGUGUUAGGAGGCUGUGGCUGGUUGAGAAUGUGAUAGCCUCUUGGCAGGAGUUGGUUGCUGGAAGCAUACUGAUGCAUAUUUCGGUGUUGUAUUUAUUUUUUAUAAAGGUAAAGGACCCCUGACAGUUAAGUCCAGUUGCAAACGACUCUGGGGUUGUGGCGCUCAUCUCGCCCUAUAGACUGAGGGAGCCGGCAAUUGUCUGCAGAUAGUUUUUCUGGGUCAUGUGGCCAGCAGCGCACGGAAACGCCAUUUACCUUCCCGCUGGAGCGGUACCUAUUUAUCUACUUGCACUUAGACGUGCUUUCAAACUGCUUGGUUGGCAGGAGCUGGGACCGAGAAACGGGAGCUCACCCUGUCACAGGGAUUCGAAACACCAAGCUUCCAAUUAGCAAGCCCAAGAGGUUCAGUGGUUUAGACCACAGCACCACACGCAUCCCUGUAUUGAUUUAGGAACCUAUAAAUGGCUUUGGAGACUCUCCCUGCCCCUCUCACUGCAGUCUCUUACCUUUUAGCCAGUGGCAAGCUGUUGACAGUGCCCUAUUUGUGUUACGUUUGAACAGGGAAAUAGAUGCUGACCGUCUAAACGACUUACGUUUCUUAUAAGUUAGGGUUCUUCCUAAGUUUUCUGAGAUCAGAAAGCUAUUUUCUGUUCGUGAACCGGAAUCUAUAUCACUUAUUUAUUUCAGGUUCCUGAGUGUCCACUUUUUUAGGCCUUGUGACAGGUUACAACUUUGCAACUGUAAAUUUGUAAACUGUAUUUUUAAGAACAUGAGAGGAGCCUGCUGGAGGCCAGUGGCACAUCUAGUCAAGCAUCCUCUUCUCACGACAACCAUCUUUUUUUAUGUGUGUGUGCAUAACAUGUAAGGCUGAAUCGCAUAUCUAUAGGUCAUAAUUAAAUCUUCUCCUAUAAUUUCCCUGUUCUUCUGAUUGUUCCGAGAGCUUGUAAAAUAUAUUCUAUAUCAAAGGAAUGGAACAGCAAAGCAACCUCUGCAGGUAUAGAUGGCCUUUGUGCUGCUUUCCCCCAUCAUUUUUAAAGGUCUGACUUGUUCUGGGAACAUUUCAGGUAGUGAACCCAAUUGCCACAUCUUAGAUUCACCAUUAGCCUUCUGGUAAGCAUCAUGUUAGCAGGAUGUUUACAUUUUAAAUAUAUAUUUUAAAAAUUACACUAAAAUGCACUUUUUUUUUGCUUUAAACAUGAUUAAAGUAGUCAUAUAAUAGUAGUUCUUAAACAAACAACCAAAAAAGCUUUAGCACAAAUGAAGCAAUUGGGUUUUUUUUUAAAAAAACCCAACAUGUUGAAAUGAUGUGAUUUGACACCCAGUCUCUUACUUAUCCACAGGACCGUCUUUACCUGGGGGUGCAAGGGGUGUGGGUCACCUGGGUGCCAAAUUCUGCGGGCGCGCCAGGCGCCCGCCGCUGAAGCCACAUAAGCUCUUAACUAUCUACCUGUUAUGAAAUAAUAAAUAAUUUUGAUCAAGCUGACAUUCAAAGCCAGCCGCUGCUGCCGCCUCCACCCUGGCUGCUUUCUCCUCCCCGGAGUCCCGCCCUGCAUGGAGAAGCAUUGCUGUCUUGCCCAGUGGCUGCUGUGUCCCUCUUCUUCUCCUUCCUCCUCCUGGGGAGCUUUUAAAAGCACCUGGAUGUGAAGCUGCGCCCCUUUGUGGAGCUUGGACACCCGGUUCUUGAGGGGCGAUGACAGCAAGACUCAGAAGAGCAGGGUGCCACUGCCGUGGCCUCACCUGCAACCGCGGAGAAGUAUAUCUUGGGUGUAGACGUGGGCAGCACUAAAUUUGGGGGUGCUGGGUGGAUCUUUGCACCCGGUGGCGCGUAUGCUAAAGACGGCCCUGCUUAUCCAUGUGGCUGUAUUACAGCCACCAGUAUGAACAGAACAUAGCAGGAUGCAUAUGUAAAAAAAAUGCUGUCACUGCUGAAGUGUAGAAAGUCAGCUGCUGUCACUUAUAGCGGGAGAGCAACGACUGGGUUGCGUUAAAAGCUCCAUCUGGAAGCACUACAUAGACUAUGGUUGGCGAGCCCUUUUGCCUAUUUGUGUAUGUUUAUAUUGUGUGAAGUGUCUUUUCCAGUAUAAUCCUAUGCAUGUCUAUUUGGAGGUGAGUCCCAUUGAGUUCGGUUCCAACUUUCACGUCUUUUAGCAUCCUUCCCUGAGUAUAUUAGUUCUUGGAGGUACGUUUAGCUGCUUUCUAGUACCAGGCAAAGAAGACUCCCAAUUAAUUGUUCCUGUGCUCUUUAGUUGAAUGUGCAGGAGCAAGAUUUAACUUAUAUGCAUUUGGCCCAGUUACUUAACCGCAGUGUAUGUCACGCAGGGGCCUCAUGAAAGGAUUUUCCUUAGAGGGCCUCUGCAAAUAUGUUGGAGAUGGGCCUCGAACUCUUGGCUUGGAACUGCCUUUUCCGUAGCAGAGAUGGUAGUAAUGGUAGUCAUUGAUCCAGGGACGUGCAGCCUGGGUUUUUUCAGUGAGUACACAAACUCCCUUCUUGUAAACUGAAGUGUUUUGCUGAUUAUUUUGUCAGUUGAUGUAAAUUAGUUGCACGCUAGAGAGAUGGUAAAAGUUCAGAUGGUGUGUAUGAUUUUUCUUCACCUUCUUUGCUCUCCUUGUAAGAUUCAAACGCUUUUUAUUUGCUUUCUCACAUUAUCUGGAUUUUGAUUUGUUGUGUAUAAUGAUCUCUUAUUUGAUAAUCUUAUUUGAUAAUCAAAUAUUCGGGAGACAAGAUUAUCACAGAAGUUACUAAAAAAAAAAGACGAGGGAUGGGGAGGCAGGGAGACAGCUAGGCUUGACAAUAUUAAAUGCUGAUCAUGGGAUUAAAACUGUCUUAAAAUGGACGAAGCUUUUGUAACGGCUUAUAUAAAAAUAUUUUAACUGUGUGGGGUUUGGGUGGGAGAAUGAACAUCUAGCUGUACAGGGAUUGUGUUUAUACUGGACUCCAGUUUAUAUUGCUGUGAUUCUGAUGUUCUGAUACAGCCUCGGGGGCAGUUUCCCAUUUGUGAGGUGCAGCUGUAUCCCUUACUAUUAGCAUUCAGAAAGAAUCUAAAAACAUUCCUGUUUACCAUUUGGUGGCUGAAAGAUAUGGUUACUGGCAACCAAGAAAUUAUUUUAUAGAAGUUUAAAAUACCCUUUUUUAUUUUUAAUUAUAUUUUUGAAACUAUUUUGUAUGCCUUCUUUGGCAGGGAAGGGCAGGAUAUACAUUGGAAUAAAUAAAUAACUGUGCUUAUCAAAACGAGAAAUCCACCACGGAGACAUAGCUGUGGCUAAGGAUGCUGGUAGUGGUGUGAAUCUCGCUGUGUAAUCUUAUGCAUGUCUACUCAGAAGUAAGUCUCAUUGAAUUCAUUGCAGCCUUAGGUGCCUGUCCUCCUUACGUGCCACAAUAUGAAUUGGGUUUUGAAGGACAGAACUAGCGAAACUGAAUGAAAAGGGAAGGAUUCCUAGGGAGGCAUAUAUGAGUGCCAUUAAAAACAAUGUAUAAGUUGUUCGUGUUUUUGACAAUUCAUUAAUUCCUCGCCUCUGGAAGUAGGAGUUGUAUGGAAACUCAUUCUCAGUAUAAAUGUCACAGGCAUUUUGGUCCUCAGCCCAGAGACAGUGUUUUCAGUGCCACCACCUUAAACAUUAUUCAUAAACCAGGUGCUUUGGAAACAAAAUAUGUACUGAUUGCUUUUACCAGAUUUACAAAGCAAUCCUAUUCAUGUUUGUUUUCAUGUGCCAUUGUGUUUGAUAAGGCUUACUUCCAGGAAAAAGUAUGCACCCAAUCCCAUAUGUUAUACCCAUUUACCUGGGAAUAAGCUCCAUUAAACUCAAUGGGACUUACUUCUGAGUAGAUAGGUGUAGAAUUGUGCUAUAAGGCCAAAGUCCUCCACACACUUACUAAAGAGUAAGCCUCUUUCUACAAAAUGGAAUUCAUUUAUAACUGAACAUUCAUUGGAUUGGGCUGUUAGAACAAUUACAGAAAUAACCAGUAUACAAUUCAGAGUGUGUUUUUUACAUAGAAAAGUUAUUGAAAGCACUACAAAACCACCAGUAAAAUGACUGGCUUUUCCACAAAAUUUCUUAACAGUCAGCCCUCUGAAACUUGGGGGACAGCUAGCUUGUUGCCUCUGUAACACGGACUCUAUAAUACGAGGGACAACUUGUUGCAGCUAAAUUGUAAAUACUUUUAGAAGAAAUAGCUACACUAAAGCAUAAAUGCAUUUGUUACAUGCAUUAUGUCAUUUGUACUAGCCAGAACUAGUGUUUCCCACUAUUAUGUAAUGCAUAAAAAUUAAAGCUGGCAUUGAGCAGAAAAUAACCACAACUGAACAGCUCCCAUUCUCCAUUCAGAAGCUUGUUCUAUAUUAAGCAGCACUGGUCCUUUGCAGGAUAUGCCAGCUAAUCCCAAAUUAUCUGUUAGCAUUCCCCUGAAAUGAGGCCUUUCACAGAAAUUCUGUUGUAUAAUACAAGUACAAAGUCUGUUGCACCUGUAUCCUUGCACAUCUUUUUUGUAUAUAGAAAAACAUGGACAAUAGAAGGGUUUUAUAACUUGGAAAGCUGAUGCAAAAUCAAAUAACUUCGGGUUUCCUUUAAUUUAAGAGAGACAGCAUUCAUCUUUCAAGUAAAGAUCUACUGAAGUAAAUUCAUAGUAUAGUCACACUCCUUCUGAGUGAUUCCUUCAUAGUUUGAAUGUAAAACAUGCAUCCAAGCACCUAUUGCUGUUCAGUCACCAGGUGACCAGUAGCCCAAUAUGCCCAUCUUUAAGGGCAUUGGGGCACUUACUGUGGGAGGCCUUUUCUGCAAUUCACGCACAAGAAGCUGCUGAUUUGGACAUUGGUCCAUCUAGUGCAGUCUUUGUCCACACCAACUGGGAUUGACCCUGGGACUGUCUGCUUUCAAAGCAAGUGCUCUACCGCUACAGCCCAUCUACCUCAACCAUCCAAUUCUCUAUUUCAACAGAAUAUUUAUGAUGUCCCCCUUUCUCUCCUUUCACUUCUGAUGUCCCUGCAACAUCUGCUUCAAAGUCGUUCUAAUCUUCGGCUCAUUAAUAUAACAUGUUCUGCUUUGUUCUAAUACAGGCUUCCUCAACCUCAGCCCUCCAGAUGUUUUGAGACUACAAUUCCCAUCAUCCCUGACCACUGAUCCUGCUAGCUAGGGAUCAUGGGAGUUGUAGGCCAAAAAAACAUCUGGAGGGCCAAGGCUGAGGAAGCUUGGUCUAAUAUAGGCUUGAGCCCUAGCUCAACAAAACACUUAGCUCCACUGGUGACUUAGUUUAACCUUCAUUAGUUAGACAAACCGUGUGCCAUCUUACAGACUAGCAAGCAAGCUGUGGCUUGUUUCUCCAAAGCUUGGCUUGUUUUUCAGCUGCUUUUGCCUUGUGCUCUUGUCCCAUGGAAUGGGGUGGUCAAACAAAGAAUGGUUAAGCAAGGUUGUUGGGUUCAAACAGAACACCAAGUUCUAGUUACACUUAGUAUCAGCCAUGGUUUGUAAACCAACAAGAAAUUCAUGGCUUCAUUGUUUGGUGGGAAGAAACCAACUAUGGUUAGUAAGCUAGGUUGGGUUUGCACGUUCAGAUUAAUAAUAGUUUGUGACCUUUGCAUGAAGGGUGGUAUAUAAAUUUAAUAAAUAAUAAUAAGUUAAGUUGAACAAAGCAUGCCAUAGUUUUAUAUGUGAACAGUCCUCUUGUUAUACCGUCAAUAGAUUAGUAGCUUUCAUUGACAGUCUAUUUAUUCUCAUAAUAAUACAUUAUAAUGCUGGCAUAUAUUUCCCAUUUGGUGUUAACUGUAUGUUAAAAAUACUAUUUUUUGAAUACAGAAUGAAAUAACAUCUUGCUCUACAAAAGUGAGACUCUGGGAAGUGGGUAUAAAAGAAUGGUUUUAUUCUCCGAUUGACAUUUUUAGAUUGGCUAGAACAAACUUAAAAGCACUCCACUUUCAACCAUGUUGAAAGCUAUCUCAUACUUUUGGGCGUUCAACAUAUCCAUUUGGAUAAUACAUCUAGUCAGUAUAUGAGGAGAAGGGAUUCAUGCCAUAAGACUCUGAGAAUUUUAAAGAAGGCAGAAAGGAAGAAAAUAUAGGCCAAAUAUAAUAUUUCCCCCAGUUAAGUGUAAAAAUAUUGCUUCUGACUCUUCGGAAUAAAGUUGGUCAUCACACUUCUGUAGAAUGUUGUUUGCAGAAUACAGGGCAUCGCUUUAACUUCUUAGCAAAGGUAGAAGUUAGAGUUUCACCUUUUUCUCUCCACUGUUUAAAUAGCUUGCUUUUUCAAUUGGUCAUGUAUUUGUUUUUCCUCUGAAAAAUUUGGCAACUACAUGGUACUGUUUAUGCUGGCAGUAAACAAAUAGCUAUAAUUCUUUCACAUUGUCAAAAGUAAUGGUUUUUAGAGCUAAACAGUUAAUACAAACUUGAGUUUCAAAAUAUUAUCCUAUGUAUUGAAUGGGUUUUGGUUUCCAAACUCAACACCUGCUUUUCGGUUCUACGACUUAAUACCAUCUCUGCAAGUACCGUAACUUCAUCUGAGGAUGCAGUGAAAUUUUAAUUUGCAAGUCUUAUGUUUCAUAAUAUUGAGGUUUGGUUGUCUCUCAAUAGUGUUGUUGUUUAGCUGAAGAGGAUGCAACACACCUUACCAAAGUCAUUUUCCAUUAGCCAAGUUACAGUGUUAUUUAAUCCACACAAAGUUUAUCAUAUACGACCAGCCCAUUUAAGUUAGUAUCAUCUUAAUUGUCCAUGAAGGUACUAAUACUGUGUCUUCACAUCUUUGUUGGCAAGUGGUUUUUUAAGAGCAUUGUGAAUCUCUCGAGGGGUGGAUGAGCACCAUUUCCUCCCUACCCUCACAGCCAAAGGAUGUACAGCAGCAGAAUGUUUUGGGGUAAGAUCAGGGGAGGGCAAUGUGUUUUGCUUCCUCCUGAAACCCCCUUAGGUCCAAGCAGAUGCUUGGACUGAUACACAUACACCCCUCCCCUUUAAAUAGAUAGAAGGAAGUGUCAGGACUUAUCUAGAAGAAAAAUUUCCCAUUCCCUCUUCCAUCACAAUUUUAUUGAUUGGACACAGGUUUUCAGAUUGGUAUUUAAGAUGCAUCUAUGUCUUCAUUGCAUCCUUACUUUAUAUAAGGUAUAAAGUGCAAUUGAUUCCCAAACCAGUAUCCAUGGGGCAAACAAUACAUUAAACACAGAUGGGUAUAACAAAGAACAGAUGGUUUUGUUUGCUAAGGGGGGGGGGGACAGCAUGGGGAGACCGCAGUGCUGCACAGAAAAUAGUGCUUGUCCAUUGACUAUUGCCCAAAUCAAAAUCACAUUCCUACUGCAGUGGAAAAAGAUGCAGGUACACUUACCUAACUAUAGUUUACUCCUUGGUAAAGUGCACUGCAUCUUCAGUUUUGCCAGUAGCAAAGAUUGCAUUUCAAAUUUCUGGAGCGCAUUCAGUUUAAGUAGCAUCAACAAAUAUUUCAUGUCCAGUAAAUUUUGGUACAGUUCUUAAGAUCAAAUUUAUUAUAAUGGUCUGGAAGCAGUUUAUAUGAAUCACUUUUAAGAGCCUGUUUAUGACUAAACAGGCUUUGGUAGUACAUGGAAAAAAUGGAAAUGGGCUAUAAAGAUAUUUCAGAGUAGUGUUUCUGUUUUAUUUUAAGUGAUAUACAAUCGUAAGAGGGUUUCUUUCCUUGCUUCGGUUAAGUGUCCUUAGCAAUUUAAACAUUGGUGCAAUGAAGUAGAUUAGAUCUCAGUUUUGUUUUCCAGGAUAAAUGAUUAGGAUCUUCUCCAUCAAGUAUUGGCAAGUUUUGAAAAGCAUACAGAAAAAAAUACAUUAAACUAAUUUGGGAGGAAAAUGCAGAGAGACAGGAAUCAUUUAUCUAAUGCUUUUUGUUUGCUGUAUGAUUAUGUUUAUUUAUUUCAUAAAAUUCUCAAACAGCUUGAUUGCAUAUAACCUCACAGUAGUUUACGAAAAGAUAAAGCAAUAAAAUUAUCACUUAGAAGGAUUAACAAUAAUAAUUUAAGACAUUUGAAAAGUUGAAAUAACAGCAGUAGACUGAAAGCAGAUCAGAACUCACAUCAACAUUCUUAAACUUUUGAAUAGGCUUGUCUAAACAAAAAUGUUUUUAGCAGGCGUUGAAAAAUGUACAGUGAAAGCUGCCUGUCUAGUAUCAAUAGGUAAGGAGUGUAGGUGACGCCACACUAAAAUAUCAAACUCUGACUGAAAUCACCUACAGGCAAUUCCCCACUCCUGCGUGUUCAAGGUUCACAUGGCCGCGCACAGGCGUGCCGUUUUUGGCCCUGGAAGGGGAUGGAGCGGGGGCAGGGCAAGAAUGGGGUGGGGUGGAACAGGGGGAUCCCCAUUUGCGUGCAACCUGGUGAUGUGUGCAGCAGCCGGGAACAGAACCCCUACAUAAGUAGUGAUUCUCCUGUACUUAUUGUAGACAGAUUACAUCCUAGUGCCAUUUAGAACUGUUUUGGAGGUAAAAUGUAAAUGCCCUGCAUAUUUGUGUUAGGUCAACACUUGGUACAAAUUAGUAUGAAUCGUGUUACAGUUUACUGAGUUUGUAGUUUUGAAGUCCCAAAUGUGGAGGAAGAACGUAUCAAUUCCAUAGCGCAAUAGGUUGGGUCACAUGGUUGGGGUUAUUGAAAGCCGUUGAAGCUGCCCUUGAGAGUAACCCAUGGAUGACACACUAUGUGAGAAUUACUUGAACAUUGACAUUGUCUUUCUUCCUAUCCAGUCAAAUUGCUGCUUCAGGCAGAAGAGAGAGGAGUCGUGUCAAUCAAAGGUGUGUGUGCAAACCGUUUCCUUUCUAUGAAUGAAGAUGGCCGGUUGUUAGCACUGGUAAGCAGUUUCUUUCUCCCUCUCGUAUUGGGGUGGAGCUAGAUGUCAUGGAAUGCCUUUAAUGCUUUUUUAAAAUCCUCAUAAUUUGGUGCAGUUACAGGAGAACAUAGCUCCACCUGUAGGCAUUAAUUAAUACCUUUCUUGGACUUCCACUGUGGUACAGUGGAACCUCGACUUUUGAACGUAAUCCAUUCCGGAAGACCAUUCGGCUUCUGAAACGUUUAAAAACUGAGGAUCAAUGGGCUGCAAAGUAAAUGGGGGAAAAAAUGAAAAACAUGCCUCAGAAGCCAUUCGACUUUUGAGGAAUGUUCAAAAACCGGAGCACUUACUUCCAGGUUUUCAGCGUUCAGGAGCUGAAACGUUCGAGAAUGGAGGUGUUUGAGUUGCGAAGUUUGACUGUACUUCCAUUUUUGGGCUAUCUUUGAUGGCCGGGGUUAAGCAAUAUUUUCUUUAAGUAUAUUUUAGCAUUUACAUUAGUGUGGGUUAAUAAUGGAAGUCAGUAAAUAAAAAUAUGGUAGUAAAUACACUGGCGGAAUCCAGAGAUAAUUGUGCUUAAGUCUAAUCAAAAUCAGUAAUGUGCAUUUUCCAAGACCUUUUGUAUUAGAAAUUUUUCAGUUUGCAUCAAAAAAUUUCUGGUGCCCUUGAGGAUAAUCUGAUUUAGCAUGCUUAUUUUCCUUGUUUUGAAUAAACAAAGUUAAAAACUUUGAAACUGCAAAGCUUGCCUAAUAAUGUAUUUGCAUCCCUUCAUUAUUAUUAAUGAAUUCAUUGACACUUUUUGUGGAAAAAAUAAAGCCCUGGAAAUUUGUUCCACCCCACAUCCCUGAUUGAAAUGGGCAAAUUGUAGUUUGUGCCCAAUUAAUUUCAAUGGGACUGACAGCACAACAGUAUACAUGUCCACUCAGAAGUAUUUCCCAUUACCUUUGCAUGUAAUACUAACCCAGGAUAUGCAGAAGGGAUGUGCAUUUGUGGACAGCCUUAUUCAUAAAACAAACCAGGAUUCAACGCUUACCAUAGUUUCCUGUUACAUGCAAACCAGAAAGGAAUAUUAAUGGCUUCAAAACAAGCCAGGAUAUUAAGCCAGUUUAAACCAUGGCUUCGUAUCCUGGUCUGUUUUGAAGCUUCAGGUUUGCAUAUUAUGGAGUGCUGAAUCCUGGCUUGUUUAGUUGCUUGUGUGAAGAGACUAGAGGAGCACUUCCUAUAGGGGCACACAGUGCGUAUCUGUGAACCAUCCUAAGAUCUAUGGAUGAAGGGCAGUAAACAAAAUUUAGUAAAAUAAAUAAAUAUCCUGUCUUAUUGAACUAGGAUUUUUGGCUUAGCAUUCCAUGUAAAUGCAGCCACUGAUUUCAGUGGAAUUUACACUUAAGGAAGUUUGUUUAAGUUUGCAGACUCACUUACCUUAUCUCUAUUAAGGGUGGACACUUAAUGUGUAUAAAAACUAAAUAUUUUCCAUUCCUUAUUACAUAAGGCAGUGUUGACCUUUGAUCGGGUAAUUAGACAGCUAGUUUACAAAAGGCUGUUGUGUUGAAUCUUUUUGUAAACUACCUCUCUAAUUUGGAAGUAGUAGUUGGAAGUUUUCAUUUAUGUGGAUGUGGGAGUGUGUUACCUAUGUGAGCUUCAAAGAUAAAAUAAAAUAGUAUUCUGAUUGUAUGUGUAUUAUCCUUUUGCUAAAUGGGUGUGAAUGCUGAUCAAGUCUUAAAUACUUCUGAUUAGACUAUUUCGUGACAGUAGCAGACUAUGAAUAACGUUUUCUUCCUUCAUUUUCAGAAAUACAUAACAGAUGAAUGCUUCUUUUUUGAACGCUUGGAAUCUAAUAACUACAAUACAUAUCGAUCUCGUAAACAUAGUGAUUGGUAUGUCGCACUGAAACGAACUGGGCAGUACAAACUCGGACCAAAAACUGGACGAGGACAGAAAGCUAUCCUUUUCCUUCCAAUGUCUGCCAAGAGUUGAUUUUAGUGGCAGAGUCUAUAAAAUAUACUACAGCAGUGGUAAACUUCCGCUUUGCCACAAGACAGAAAAAUGUGACCAAAUAUUUGCCAGGACUUGCAGAUUGAUUGUAGAACUGUGUAUGUUUUAAGCCUUCUAACUGUUUUAAUUCCUGGAACCAUAUAUGUGUGUAUGUGAAUGUGUCAGGCUCGAACACCAAUGCACCAGCUGAAUAUUACGCUUGUUUCCAACUUGAUGGUUUGGGGGUAGAGUUAAAAAUAUAUAUUAUUUGGGCCAUUCAAGAUGAAAGGGGAUUAAAAAUGUGCAUAGUUAGAGAAACAUUAGCAUUUCAAAUGAAAUAAUAUAUAUUAUCCUUUUAGAAGGUAGAAAAGGGAAUUUGAUUUGGAACAGAAUAUACGUAUAUUUUAGUACAAGGGAUUUUUUUUCUAAGCCAAAAAACGACAACACUAAAUGUAUUGCUAACCUGUCAUGUUUCUAUAAUUCUCUGGCAGCUCUCUGUGGUACAGCUUAUAGAAAAGGCCUGUAUACACAGAUGGAAAUUCUCUCACGGUUAAAUCAAUUUUAUCAAACCCUUCCCUAUACCCAUAAAGAAGCAAUCUAGCAAUACUGCUGGUGAUUGGAGUAGUGUCUGAUGUCUUGGCAAGCUCAGCUAGGUCCAUCCACUCACACCUCAGGCACUCCUGUUGGCAUAAACUGAUUUUGAAAGAGGAAGGCUCCAUUCGGCAGAUGAUGUACAUAUCUGACUUGCCAAAGGCCCCCGGGUGUCUGUGUUGCUGCCGUAUGCUUAGGAGGGACUUGAAUUCUGACUUAAUGCCAGUCUCCUCGAAAACCUCUCGAACUGCUGUGUUCCCUAAGGAGGAGGAAAAGAAAGAGUUCCUUUUUUAAAAGCAUUAACUGUAAUUCUCUCCUCCAUCUUCUCUCUCGCUUUGCCAUUAGAUUUUCAGUUGUGGUAAACAUGCAUUCAACAGCACCACCCCUCCCUCUGUUAGACUGAGUGAAAAAUAUAUCUCCCCCCCCAAAAAAAAACCCCUCUCCACAAAAUACUUUGGUUGUAGAUAUUAUAAAAGCACUAUUGCAGGUGUUUUAAUUUGAAAUGCAAUGUAUAUGAAACCACCUUAUACCAAACAAAGCAAUUGCUGUCAAAGUUUUCUGUGCUUUUUAAAAACUGAGCUACCGCAUUUAUCAUAGGUACGACCUGAAUCCUAAAACUGUAGAUUUGGAAGGGACCACUAGGAACAUCCUAGUCCAGCCCCCCAAAAUGCAGGAGUAGUUUGCCCAAUGUGAGACUCAAACCCAUGAUCCUGAGAUUUAAGAGUCCCAUGCUCUACUGACUGAGCUAUCCCAGAGCUUCAAAACACAACCUUGGCCUUAAAUAUAGGCAGCAUUAAUAAAUUUCUUAAUUUCUGAUAUGUAAAACUUACAUUUUGGAAAUGUGUUUGUGGCUCUAAAAAUAAUUUUAAAAAGCCCAGUCCAGCAAAUGCAUAAUUAGGAAUUAUGAAAUUAGGUAUAUGUCUUAUGUGUAAUUAUUAAUCAGUCUGUGGUUUUAAUCAUGGGUGAUAUACAGUAUCACUGUCCAUAAGUAAACUAAAAUAAAUGGGUUAUACAGUGGCACUUACAAUUAUAAGCACAUGUGGAAGACAGAGCCACUCCUUCCAAGUAGUAAGUAGCCUGUUAUUGCAAGAGUUCAUUGUGGAUUUAAGAGUGACCUAGCAAUGGUGUUACUGACAUUACAAUUGUACCUUGGAUCCUGGACACCUUGUGACUCAAACAUUUUGGCUCCUGAAUGCUGCAAACCCCAGGUGUGGGUGUUCCGGUUUGCGAACGUUCGUUGGAACCUGAACGUCCAACGCGGCUUCAGGAAGCUCCUGCAGCCACGCCUUGGUUUUCUAACGUUUUCAGAAGUCGAAAGGACUUUCUGAACGGAUUCCGUUUGACAACCAAGGUGCGACUGUGUAAGUUAUGGCUCUAGAGUUAUGUCUCCCAUUCAAAUGUUCAAGUGGGCUCCCCAUUUGUUCUGAGUUUGUUCCCUGUUUUGAGUUUCCUUCAUUUGAGGCCAAGGAAGUCGGCAGAUAUUAAAAUGUAAGAUUUUAAAUUAAUUCCCCUAGCCUGCCUUACAGGGGCUGCUUAAUUCCCUCUAAAAGAUUGGUGAUCAUGACACUCUUCCCUUCCUGUGUAUGUUGUUUCCCCUCUCUUUCAAGUCUGGAGAUAUCUAAAGUUAGCAUUAAUUCUGCACAAACGUUUUUCCUAGCUGUAUUUAGCAUGAAACCAUUUUAGAAGCUUGGUUCUGGCUGGGUUUGCAAACCAUGGUUUGGCCUACAGGUUUAGAAGCAGGUUUGCAAACCAUGGUUUGGCCUACAAAAAUGUCAGGGCAGCCACAUUUAUUUUAAAAUAAUGACAUUAUAACGUUCAUAUCAUUUAACAAAAUUUGCAACAGUCUGCCUUGAACAUCAUCCGAUACAAAGGCACCACAAACCUUGAGAAACAACAUAGUAAAUUUUAAAUAGGAGUUACUCCUGCACAUAAUCCAUGCCAUAUAGUAAAAUGUGAGUUGCACAGUACAUGUUGAUUGUUGAUGCGUUAGCAAAAUGUUGGCUGACUGCUUUGCUGUGCUACCAAAUUGCUAUUCUGUCUUUAGUAUGUUGAUUCAUACCAUUGUUUUCCACCUUGCAGACGAAGUAUAUUUUGUGAGAUUAACAUAUCUAUUCAGAAAUAGGUCCUGUUGAGUUCAGUGGGACUUAUUCCCAGGUAAGGGUGUAGCCUAGGUUGGUAGGCUACAAAGUAUGCUCACUUAACCAAAAAUCAGUUUCACUGAAAUCAACAUAUGCUUCCAGUGUAACUAAACACUAAGUUAAGUAUGUCAUUACUAGAUUAGUAAAUUAAGACAGUUUUCACUGAGUUAUUCUUUUAGACAUAAAAUCAUGCCAUGCCUUGUGUAUAUAAAUUAAGAAAAAUUACUUAUUAGGAAUAAGGAUGCAAACAAUUUUGAUGUGCUAUAGGAUUCGUCAUUUUACCUACUUACAGCCACAAGUUCCCAUUUGCCAUCAACAGGUUUCAAAGAAAUUGGAGGCCUGACGACUUGGGAGGUGAGGAACCUUAUGCAAUUAACAAAAUAGCCAAGUACUUACCAAUAUCUUCACCGGGUUCAGACAAUCCUCCUGGAAAUUUCCAUGCAUUUAUUGUCUUAACGGGAAUAAAAACAACCAUAUGGUUAAUCUGUUUCCUUUGACAAGACACCAGAAAUAAAUUGCUGCCUCUCUUGACUGGUCCUUUCUUUUGUUUUUGCAAAUGUGAUCACCAAAAUACAAUUAGGUGUCUACGUGUUUUGCAAUAUAAUAGACAUAUAGUAGAUGUCUAUUAUACUGCAAGAAAACAUACACUGAUUUGUCUGAUGACUGUUAGAUGGUUUAUACUUGCAACAUUGCUGCUCAUUAACAGUUUUUAAAAGCUGCUAUAGGUAAUUAUAUUCUAUAGCCACAAUCCAAUGCCGAGUUAGGCAAGUUUAAGCCUAUGGCCUUAAGUGUACCUAACUCUCUGUUGGACUGGAGCCUAUGUAAUCUAAUAUUUAAUCAUGUAUACUCUACUUCAAUGUUUGCAAACAUCAGUACAUUUUCUAAACAGUGAUUGAUUGUAGUACUGUUCUAUACUGCACUGGCUAUGAAUUUUACUUUUGUGUCUGUAAUAACCAAUGUGUAUCACAUCAUUUUUGGUUAUGAAGCUGAAAAAUAAAGCUGAAGUUAUUGUGUGCCAGCUG